AUGGAUGAGCUGCGGCGCAUAGUAGGUGGCACCAACAGCAGAUACAUCGAGGAAGUGAAAGGAAGAUGGGCAGACUUUUGUUCCAAGGUGCAGUUCUAUGGUGUGUGGAAGAAAGCCCUGAAACCCCCUUUUCCAUUGGAUGUCCGUGGAGAAAAAUCGUUCUAUUCUUUAGUGGAGUUUACGCUCGCCCUCUUCAAUGCACUCCCAUCCCUUUUCCCCUCACCAACUUCACCACCAAAGAAGCUUGGGAAUAGCUGUGAGGCACUUCUUCAUGUCCGGAAGUCAGGUGAAGACCCUGCCCUGUACCUGGAGAAGCGUCCUCUCUCCUCCCCAGUUCUGCUUUCUGAUGGAUCAACCAUCAUCGUGGCUGUGGGUAACGUACCUGUGACCACCCUCCCUCAGGAAGAUUUCUCAGACGGGAUGUUGGUGUUAAUGGCAUAUUACUACACUUUGCACUUAAGAUAUCCGAAAUGUGUUGCUACUCUCCUGUCAGUUAUUCAAACAGAGGUAAUUGGUGACACAAUCCACGAUCAAGAUGCCACUAGUGCUUACAAGAAAGCAAUGGCUGAUUGGAAGUCUUUCAUUGAGAAGUAG